GUCCCAGUGACAAAGGUGAGAAGAUGCUAAAGACAUGGUAUUCUUUCCUGCUGUGUUGGUUGGCCUUGCAGCUUGAGGCUAAUCCUGGUCUUAAAGUGAUGAUUACUCAGAAGGGGCUGGACUAUGGGUCUGUGUAUUAUCAAUGCACAAGUAGCAUUGAAGCAUUCAAGAAAGUAAGGAUCCUUAAAGCAAGGAGAGAAGGCAGGAGGAUUGGGAUGGAGCUACUGAAGCAAGCAGUAUUGAAAGAGACUUUCCCAAGCUGGAGUGGGCAGGAGAGUUUCUCGAUUGUUAAGGUCAACUAUGUAAUUUCAAGGCUCAGAAUUAAUGCUGUAGAUUUCCCAGAAACUGCUGCUUCCUUUAUUCCUGGCACUGGCAUUAGUCUCUCAGUGGCACGUGCUUCUGGUACAAUCAGUGCAGACUGGAAAAUGAAGACGUGGCUGCUCAAAGACCAAGGAGAAAUUACUGUGUCCGUCUCAGGACUGUUUAUUGCAAUUAUCUUCAAAGUGUCAAGGGACAGCACAGGCCACUUGUCCACGUUGCUACACAAUUGCCAGCUGAGCAUUAAUAGUGUAAAAGUCAAGUUAAAUGGAGGAUCUAGCUGGAUCUACAACUUUCUAUCUGGUUAUCUUGAGAAGCCCAUUCACACCAAAUUGGAUACAAGUCUAUGCCUAAAUAUCAAAUACAAAAUCCAAAUGAUGGAUGCAGAGCUAAGAAAGCAUAAGGUCUUAAGCCAGAUUGAUGCCUUUGCACAAAUAGACUAUUCCCUAGUUAGUUCUCCAGCAGUCUUCAAAUCACACAUUACCUUGGAUUUGAAGGGUGAUUCCAUGCUCUACCUGGGAGUCUCCCGUUAUUUUCUUAAGUCUGCUUCACUGGUUUACUACAGAGCAGGGGCCUUUAACAUCACCAUCUCCAAAGAGCUUGCUACUACUUUUAACCUAAAUACCACCUUAUUCAAAGAUUCUAUUCCUGAGAUGGCUCUGAGUUACAUAAUAUCAUGCCCUGUGCUGCUGAACAUCACCUCCUGUGACAGCCACUACCAGAGCCGAUUUGACAGUAACCAAACAGAAGUUGAAUAUCUCAUUACUUCUGAAGAGAACGAGUUUUACUCGCAUUACAAGCUGGUCUGGGUUUACAGCCCCUUUCUCCCUAAAUGUAUCUGGUGGGUAGAAGCACAGACUUUCAGUCUCCAGUUCUCCCUGCUGCACUCCGCUCUUGGCUCCUCUGAGGGUCAUCUGGUGAUUUCCACUGAUGUUCACUACAAACAUGAGGAAGGGGGAGAUGAGGACCAUCACAGUCACUCCUAA